AUGUGGUAUUUAAUUUCUCUUGCGUUCCUGCUGCUAAUAAACUACAAGUGUGUUGACAGUGCCACUGAGUCAGCCAACAUUCUAGAAGAGUUUGAAAACCUCAAAGCCACUGUUAUGGCAGAAGUCAAAGUAUCCUUAACAAAAGGAGUCAGUAAGCAUGACCGGAAAAUGCAAGAUCUUCAAGCAACCGUUUCCAGGUGUGUGGAACUUGGGCAGAGACAAGAGAAUUAUAUUUCACCACAGUCGGAGCAGAUGCGUCAACCACCAACUUUUAUUGUGGAAAAUAGUUGUGAUAUUUCUGAUGAUAACAGGUUUGAGCAUGACAUGUUAGGUCUGCAUCACAGCAUCGUCACAAAUAUUGGAAAUGGUUAUAACAAUCAUCAAGGAGUUUUCACCGCACCUAUUAGUGGCCUCUACCUUUUCACAACCAGUCUAAUGUCAAAUCAUAACAUGGAAUUCUGGUUAAACUUUGUUGUAAAUAGAACUAUCAUUGCUAGGCUGAAUGAUCGUGGGACAGAUGGUAGGCAUGGAAGCGGGUCACAAACGAUAAUUCUUAGUCUAAACAAAGGAGAAUAUGUAGCAGUUCAAAAUGAACACAAUAAUGGUACUUUCUGGGGUGAUAAAUAUUCCAGCUUUGGCGGCUAUCUUAUACAGGAACUGGAAUCGGAAACGUCUUCAAUUAUUGGAUAAAACAGUUUUCAUAACAAUAAAGUGCAAAUGAAUA